AAGAUAUCCCCCAAAAAAUAAGGAGUCGAAAAAAGAAAAUCCAUUUUGGAAAUUUACAACUAACUUCCCCGAGUCACUGACCGCGUUGCAAAAGCAUUUCUCAUUGCUCUCGACAGCGUCAAAAAAACUAAUUUUCCCGUCCUUUCCCUUCCGUUUUCCGAGAAAAUCCGACAUUUUCUUCGUACACAAACAGCAGCAGCAGCAGCAUGUGGGUGGAGAUAAUCUGCGGCCUCAUAAUCUACAGAUUGUUCCGUCGAUUCUUCUACGACGACGACCUUCUCGAUGUCGAAACCACCGAUUCCGAUUCCCUCUUCUCCGUCGCCGCUAGACUUGAGAAGCUUUAUGGUGGAAAAGCAUAUGUUGGGCUUCGAAUUCCAGAUGCCGAUAGUGGUUCACGACAAACCAUUGAUAUGGUCCUUGUCACAAAAGGGGAAGCAGUGGUGAUUUCUAUUCAGAAUCUUUCUGGGUUUGUAUCUAUUGAUGGAGAUGGAAGUUGGGUUUCCGCUGGGCGAAGUAGCCACAAAACUGAUCGUCGUCCAGAUCCCGUAGCAGAAGUUAAACGACAAGUUGCUAUUCUUGAAUCGUAUCUAGAACAAAGGGGGGCCCCUCUUCCAGAAGGAUAUCUGUCUUACAGAGUCAUAUGUCCCAACCCUAAUUUCCGUACCAUGUAUGCAGACCAUUUUCCACCUGAGGUGCUCACUUAUGACCAGUGGCUACAACUGAAACCAGAGCCUAAGAGCUUGUUCUCUGGUUGGAUUAAAGGGGCGUUUCGAGGUGGUAAGAAAGAAAUGCAGGAAUCAAUGCAUCAGAAUCUUAAUUUUAUCAUAGCCACUGCGCCUACAUGGGAUAGGUUGGAGCUAAAAGGAGAUAAAUACCUCCUUGGAGAAUUUCUGGAAUUUAAAGGGAAGCAUGAUGAUGUCCAGUCCUUAAAAAAUAUCCGUAGAUCCAAAAUUAAUCGCCUGGUCAUCCAAAAGACAAGCAUGUUUGGUCUAGCCCAUUCUAAGCUCCAAGUUCUGUAUUCUCCUCGAGACUACCGAAAUGAAGGGGCUUCAGCAUCUGAAUGGAACGAAGCAACUGUUAGAUCAAGUACAGAGGUGGUGUUUCAGCUCCAGGAAUCGACUAAAGUGCGAAAGUUCAAGCUAUCAUCCGUUUCUUCGAUGUCUCUGAGUGCCUGAAGAUAACGUCUAUUAUUGGAAGGAGGAGGUAACACUUACCCCUGUUACCAUCAAAGACCCAGAAAUGUUUUGAUCUCACUCACACUUCAAAUAUAUGCUGCGUGCGCUGUAUAUUCCUGUGGGAAACUUCUAUGGACGAACUAGUUUAUAAUGUUGUAAGGAUUUUUGUUUUUGUAUUCUUGAGCAUGGUGUUAUCGUCCUCCAUUGUGGUACUUUUGUUUCGCCUUUAGUAUGCUGUAUUUAUUUGAUUUUAGAGAGAGAAAAAGAGGAGAGAGAGUGGUCAUUUGAUGAUCCCGCAGAUCUCUUAUGUGAUUUAUCAAAUUUCUCAUGUGAUACUAGAUGAGACUCUUUCUAUCUUAAUUUAGUUUAAAUGAUUGAAGCCGUUUAUUUUGUAA